UUGUAUUCCGACGCAGAAUAGAAAUGCUUACAAUUUUUUUAGGUCAUUUUCCUUUUGCUUGCGAAAAUUUUUAUAUAUAAUUUGUUAAAAAGGAUAUUCCAGCAAAAUGUCGAAACGUAGUGCAGAGGAAUCUGGUGGUGGCGGUAGCACCGCGGUUGCCACAAAUCUCGGGCAGCCACCAAUUAAGAAAGUUCAUUUUGAACCGCACCUCAUUGGGCCUGUGUCGACACUGGAAGAAAUGGAUAUUAAAGUCCUUGAGUUUCAAAAUAAAAAACUAGCACAGCGCAUUGAACAACGGAUGCGAACCGAAGCAGAAUUGAGGCAUCGUAUUGAACAAUUGGAAAAGCGUCAAAUGCAAGACGAUGCCGUGUUGAAUGUCGUAAAUCGAUAUUGGAAUCAGCUAAAUGAAGAUAUACGUGUGCUCUUGCAACGUUUCGACGCUGAAACGGCUGAUGAGUCUGAAAAUCGUAAUGAGAAUGAAGUUACCACAUCUUUCCUCAUACAAUUAUCCACCUGGGAUAAAGAGGAGCUUGACGAUAAACUUGCUAAUCGUGUUCAAGUUUCAAAGAGGGCGGUGGCAAAGAUAGUGCAAGUGAUUGAUCGAAUCAUGCAACGUAAUGAAAAGAUAACAGUAGCUCUGAAAGAAGGAAAUGGCGUUGCGAGCGGUAGUAAUGCUAAUGCGAAUGCGGAAGGCGAAGAUGGAACAGAUAAUGUUACCAAUAAUAUUUUGCCAAAUAUCGAUGAGACUCUAAAGCAAACGCACAUUGAAAUUAUGACCGAAAACCGAAAUUUACAAAGCUUAAACACUUCGUUGCAUGAAAAAUUUCAUACAAUUUCAUUAAAAAUGAAAGAGUGUCAAGAUGCUUUGACUGCUAAAGAGACCGAAAAUGCAGAGCUAAAAAAUCAGAUUGACGAGUUACAAUAUGAUUUGGAAAAAGUGCACUGUCGCAACGAUAAGUUAGAAAAUCAUUUGGCAGAAGCCAUAGAGAAGUUGAAGGCUUACCAUCAAAUGCAUGGAGAUCCUAAUAAAAGCUCAUCUUCUGGUAAAGGAACAGCCACUGCAAAUGUAAACAGCCAACAUUACGAAGAUUUGCAAAAGGAUUUAGAAGAGUAUCGUGAACUGGCAAACAAUCGUCUGCAGGAGUUGGAUAAAUUGCAUGCUACACAUAGGGAGACGUUAAAGGAGGUGGAAAAAUUAAAAAUGGAUAUUCGUCAGUUGCCUGAAUCGGUGAUUGUUGAAACGACAGAAUACAAAUGCUUGCAGUCACAGUUCUCGGUUCUCUAUAACGAAUCCAUGCAAAUAAAAACCAUGUUAGAUGAAACACGUAAUCAAUUGCAGACAAGUAAGAACCAACAUUUACGUCAGAUUGAAGUUAUGGAAAGUGAAGAAUUGAUUGCACAAAAGAAGGUACGGAGUGAAAUGAUUCAAAUGGAGGAUGUGUUGGCUCAAAUUAGGAAAGAAUAUGAAACGUUGCGCAUUGAAUUUGAGCAAAAUAUGGCUGCUAACGAGCAAACAGCACCAAUAAAUAGGGAAAUGCGACAUUUAAUUACUUCCUUACAAAACCAUAAUUUGCAGUUAAAAGGAGAAGGUCAGCGAUAUAAGCGUAAAUAUAAGGAUGCUUCAGCAGAUAAUGUAAAGCUUCGAAAAGAAAUAGAGGAUGCAUUGGCGAAGCUGGAGGGUACAAAGCAGCAACCACCCGCAACAGAGGAGGUCAAACUAGAGGGUGGAAAUACUGUGAAGGAGGAGAAUGCCGCUGGUGGCGCAGGAACAACUGGUACUUGCUCUAACGAAUCAUCAACAACCGUCAAGGAUGAAGCAGGUGCCAACAUCAAAGGGGAUGAUGGUGAUGACGAGAUGAAGGAGCAAAAAGAUGGAAUAAAGCAAGAAAAAAAUUCCACAGGAGUCACUACAGUUGUCGGGGAGAAGAAAGAUGCUCAAGCUGCAGGUAGUACAAACAGCAAUGCAACAAGUGCAGCAACGGUCGCUGGAACGCCAUGCACAGCCACCGUCAAGGUUGAAAAGGACGCAAAAGAUGUGCCAAAGGCCAAGGAUAUAAAAGUAGUUGAAUCCGAAAUUGUGCGUGAUUUAAAGGCACAGCUCAAAAAAGCAUUAAAUGAUCAAAAGGAAAUGAAGCUUCUUCUUGAUAUGUAUAAAGGUGUUUCAAAGGAUCAGCGUGACAAAGUGCAGCUUAUGGCAACCGAGAAGAAGCUCCGGUCAGAAAUAGAGGAAUUGCGUCAACAAUUAAAGAAAAUACAGGAAAGUAAAAGAGAAGAGCGUAAAAAGUUGGCAGAUGAAGAAGCAUUACGCAAGAUUAAGCAACUUGAGGAGCAGAAGUAUGAACUGCAAAAACAAGUGGCCAGUCAAAAGCCAGUGGAGAAUGCAUGGGGUGGGCCGGGUGGUGCGAAUUAUGCUCGUCCAUUUGUUGGCUCACAUGAAGAGGAAGCUCUACUAAAUGAAAUGGAAGUAACAGGUCAGGCAUUUGAAGAUAUGCAGGAACAAAACUCUCGACUAAUACAACAACUACGUGAAAAGGAUGAUGCAAACUUUAAGCUUAUGUCGGAACGCAUUAAAGCUAACCAGAUGCAUAAUUUAUUACGAGAGGAAAAACAAAUAUUAGUAGAUCAAAUGACCACUCGAGAUACUCAAAUUGAAGCAAUGCAUAUUGUAUUGCGAAAGCUAGAAGAAAAGGAACGUAGCCUUCAAGCUACCGUAGCCACUAUAGAGAAGGAGUUGAUGUUGCGUCAACAAGCAAUGGAAAUGCACAAACGCAAAGCCAUUGAGUCCGCACAGUCAGCAGCAGAUUUAAAGUUGCAUUUAGAAAAGUAUCACUCUCAGAUGAAGGAAGCGCAACAAGUUGUUGCGGAAAAAACUAGCUCGCUUGAGGCGGAGGCUUAUAAAACAAAGCGCUUACAGGAAGAACUAGCGCAGUUUAAGCGCAAGGCUGAACGCAUGAAAAAGAUUGAAAUGGCUGGCAGUACUAUUGAUGAAGUAGUAUUAGAAGAGAUUCGCGAAUAUAAAGAGACUCUCACCUGUCCUUCAUGUAAGGUUAAACGCAAAGAUGCCGUUUUAUCGAAAUGUUUCCAUGUUUUCUGCUAUGACUGUUUACGUACUCGCUACGAAACUAGACAGCGGAAAUGUCCUAAAUGCAAUUGCGCUUUUGGUGCAAAUGAUUACCAUCGCCUCUAUUUAACCUAAGAAUUUCAGUACGCUGUUAUUAGAUUUCCAUUAAGUAAUCCCAAUUGGCUUUUACUGUCAAAAGUUCAGAAGAGCGGUGAUCAGAUGGGGCUUUUUGCAGUCCUCAUAUCUACUGAAUACAAUCCAUACAUUAUGAUUUAUGUUAGGUAUAUGCUAAAUAUGCAUUAAUAAUUGCAAUAAAUUUACCUGUAUAUCUCUA